AUGGUGGCAGCCCUCGGCCUGUUCUCCUCCAACGAGCAGGCCGAGGACAUCGCGACAGCUGACCUCAAGUACCUCCUGGUGCCGUACCUGUGGGGGGACCUGCUGUCACGCAGCAGGACGCAAGACCUCAGCAAGCGCGUGCAGCUCCUCAGCAAUGCCUCUGAGCUCCUGCGAGGGUUUUUGGAGCAGUGCAGCGAGUAUGGGCUGCUGGGGCCCGACGAGAAGUCUGCGCUAAUGGAAGCUCAGGGCCAGGGCUCUAUUGAUCCCGGAACUCGGCGCACCCAAAAGAUCGCGCGGAUCAGGCUGGAGAAGGCUGCUCGGGCAAAGCUGGAUGCGCUCAGGAUGCAGGAUCUGCGAAGGAAGAGAGUGAGCGAGCUGGAGGCAGAGGAGGCGCAAGACAGCGUUGAUGAGGACAUGGAGAGGGACGUUUGGUCGACACAAAUACAGCUGCGCACCAUGAAGGCAGCAAAUCUACUGGGGUCUCUGAAGCAGGAGAUCGAGCUGCUGAGUCAUGCAGCGAGUCUGCCGGAGGACUUGCGCGAGCGGCCGGCUCAGCCGCCGCCUGCAGCGCUGAUGCAGGAGCUGCACACGGCAGCCGCGGCGCUCAGCAUCAAGUCAGACGCACAGCAGAUGCGCACAAACGUGUUCCGGCCCAGCCACAUCCUGCCAACCGUCACCCUGGCGCAACAGGCAGAGCGCGAGAUUGCGAGUGCGCAGAGGGCGGCGGAGGCGCGGACGCGAGCAGAGGCCGCGCGAGCCAAUGCGAAAGCAGAGGACAAGGAUGGAGAGGCGGAGACGCUGCGGCAGCGCGCAUGGGACGAUUGGAAGGAUGACAACCCUCGCGGCGCCGGCAACUCAAAACUGCUCCCAACGGCGUGA